GUGUGUUUGUAUGUGUUUUAGAAAGUCUGUAUAAAAUUCUCUGCUGGGAUAAAACUAUAGCAAGGGGUGGUUUUCACAUGUGUGGGAAAUGAGAGCCUUCAGGGCAACACUGCUCCUGCUCCCCUUGGUCGUGCUGCAGAACUCCUGCGCCGCCACCGUGAGUCCCACAGACUGCGAUGCUACUGAGCCCUUUGCUGGGAACGUGCUAGACGUGAUCAAUAAGGGACGGCAGCAUGGCUACCUUUUCCAGUUGUUGCGGGUCGCUGAUGCCCAUGUGGACCAAGUGGAAUCUGUGGCUAUCUAUUACUUAGUCUUGGAUGUGAAAGAAUCUGACUGUUCGGUCCUAUCCAGGAAACGCUGGGAUGACUGUGAGCCAGCUCUUUCUAAACGUGUACCUGAGAUAGUGAUCGGACAGUGUAAGGUAAUAGCUACACAAUGUUUGAAUGACUCCCAGCAUUUCAGAGUGAAUGACUAUAACUGCACCACAAGUUCUGUCUCUUCGGCACUGACCAAUACUAAAGAUAGCCCUGUACUCUUUGACUUCUUAGAAGAAACUGAGCUUUACAGGGAACUAGCCAACAAAGCCCUUGAGAAGUACAAACAGGAGAAUGGAGAUUUUGCUGCUUUCAGAGUGGACCGAGUGGAGAGAGUUGUCAGAGCGAGAGGAGGGGAAAGAACCAACUACUAUGUGGACUUCUCUGUGAGGAACUGCUCCAGGAGCCACCAUUUUCCCAGGCACCAUAAUGUCUUGGGAUUCUGCAGAGCAGAUUUGUCCUACGAUGUAGAAGUCUCUGACUUGGAAACUCCAGAACACAUUGCCAUAAACUGUGAAGUCUUCAAUUUUGAGGAGUGUAGAAACAUCAGUGGUAUACCACACCAUUUUGGCCAUCCUCACCACUCUGGUAGGCAUGAGCAUUCUCUUGCUGCGAAGCCUCCAUUUAAGCCCGAUGAAUUUAGAGAUCACCAUCAACCCCACAAGCCACAUAAAUUUGGAUGCCCACCUCUCCUAGAAGACAGACCACCAUUUCAGGCAGGAGCUCCUCCACGAUGGCCCCCUCCAGGACCAGGAUGUCAUCACCCCCAUUUUGGCCCCAGUGGGACCCAUGGACACCCUCAUAAUCAUAGUUUCAGUGAGCACCAUCCCCACGGACACCGUCCUCAUGGGCAUCAUCCCCAUGGUCACCAUCCCCAUGGACACCGUCCCCAUGGACAUCAUCCCCAUGGACACCAUCCCCAUGGACACCAUCCCCAUAAGCAUCAUCCCCAUGGACACCAUCCCCAUGGACACCAUCCCCAAAGCCAUGAUUUCUUUGACCAUGGGCCUUGUGAUCCACCACCCCAAAGCCAGGGUCCCGAAGAUCACCAUCACCGGGGCCAUGGCCCACCAUCUAGGCACUCAGAAGAAAGAGGUCUAGGUAAAAGACACUUUCCCUUCCACUGGAGACAAAUGGGAUAUGUUCACCGGCUACCUCCACUAAAGGACGGUGAAGUUCUUCCUCUUCCAGAAGCCAAUUUUCCCAGCUUCUCAUUGCCAGACCUCAACAAUCCUAAAAAGCCAGAAAUUCAGCUCUUCCCUCAAUCAGUUUCUGAAUCAUGCCCAGGGACAUUUAAGAGUGAGUUUUCACAUGUCUUGAAGUUUUUUGCAUACUCACUUCCAAAAUAAAAUCUGAUUUCCUCGAUGGAGAAAAAUUAAUGUUCUGACUUAGAACCACAAAUAAAAUAUGAUCAAUAAUGAAUACAAAAUUCAUGUACUUUAGCCUUACUUACAUAUUCACGGUAGGGCAAAUGUGGGUGGGGGAGGAGAUGGCAUGAGAAGAGAGAGACGAAAGGAAAGGAGAGGAAAGAUGUCAAUGCUACAAGUCUGUCACUGACCACGAAAUCCUUGCAGCAAAUCUCUGAUCCUCUUUCUUUCCUGGAUUUAAUAACUCCUUUAAGUCUAGAGUCUUUCCUCACUGAGUAGUUAGGUUGUAGCUGGGCAUACCAAGAAGGUAUGUUUUAUCAGUCAAGGGAUUAUUCUUCUAACCCAAAAUUC